AUGGAGCUCUCUUUCUCUCUCCUUCUCAUCCUCUGCAUUUCUUUUGUGGGGCAAGUGUGUGCAAGACCCGCCACAUUUCUUCAGGAUUUUCGCAUCACAUGGUCAGACUCCCACAUUAGGCAGAUACAGGGAGGAUCCGCCAUCCAACUGGUCCUUGAUCAGUCCUCUGGCUGUGGAUUCGCUUCAAAGAACCAGUACUUGUUUGGACGUGUGAGCAUGAAGAUCAAGCUUAUCCCUGGUGAUUCAGCGGGGACCGUCACGGCCUUCUACAUGAACUCCGACACUGAUAAUGUGCGGGGCGAGCUGGAUUUUGAAUUCUUGGGCAACAGGUCGGGGCAGCCUUACACUGUGCAAACAAAUUUGUAUGCUCAUGGGAAGGGCGAUAGAGAACAGAGAGUCAAUCUUUGGUUUGAUCCCUCAGCUGCCUUUCACACUUACUCCAUACUUUGGAACCACCACCAUGUCGUGUUCUCUGUCGAUGAUGUGCCUAUCCGGGUUUACAAGAACAACGAGGUGAGGGGCAUCCCCUACCCCAAGUCCCAACCCAUGGGUGUCUACUCCACGCUUUGGGAAGCUGACGAUUGGGCUACUCGAGGAGGGCUGGAGAAGAUCGAUUGGUCCAAGGCUCCUUUCUACGCAUACUACACCGCCUUCGACAUCGAAGGGUGCUCAGUACCUGGGCCUCCUGCUUGUGCUUCAAACUCUAACAAUUGGUGGGAGGCUUCAGCAUAUCAAUAACUUGAUGCUCUCCAAGCCAGGCGAUACAAAUGGGUUAGAAUGAACCACCUUAUUUAUGACUAUUGCAGUGAUAAAUCUAGGUACCCAGUCCCCCCACCUGAAUGUUAUGCCGGAAUUUAG